ACUUACGUGGCAUUUACUCCGUUUGUCAAAACAGCACCGUCUAUAUCCACGUCAAAUAUACAUCGCUGGAACGCCAAAAUGGCGACAUAUCAGGAGUUCAUACAACAGAAUGAGGACAGGGAUGGAGUGCGCUUUAGCUGGAAUGUUUGGCCAUCUAGCAGACUGGAGGCCACAAGAAUGGUGGCUCCUCUGGGGUGUCUCUACACACCCAUCAAGGAACGAGCAGAGCUUCCUCCUGUUUUGUAUGAUCCAGUGCUCUGUACAAGACCCACCUGUAGGGCAGUCCUGAAUCCAUUCUGUCAAGUGGAUUAUAGAGCAAAAAUAUGGGCUUGUAACUUCUGUUACCAGAGGAAUCCUUUUCCACCCCAGUAUGCAGCAAUCUCUGAACAACAUCAACCAGCUGAAAUCAUCCCUCAGUUCUCAACUAUAGAAUACACUAUCACAAGAGCGACAUGUCACCCUCCAGUUUAUUUGAUCGUGCUGGACACAUGUAUGGAUGAAGAAGACCUUCAGGCAGUCAAGGAAUCUCUCCAAAUGUCACUUAGUUUGUUACCCCCAAAUGCAUUGAUUGGUUUAAUCACAUAUGGAAAGAUGGUUCAGGUUCAUGAGCUGGGCUGUGAAGGGUGUUCUAAAAGUUAUGUGUUCAGAGGAACAAAAGACCUUUCUGCAAAACAAAUACAGGACAUGUUGGGUAUAGGUAAAGGACAUGCGCCACAGCAGCAAAAGGGACCUCACAAUCCACAGCAACAGCAACAACUACCCUCGAACAGAUUUCUUCAGCCAGUACACAAAUGUGACAUGAGUUUGACAGAUCUGCUGGGAGAAUUACAGCGAGACCCCUGGCCAGUAGCACAAGGAAAGCGACCCCUCCGAUCAACAGGAGUUGCCCUCUCAAUAGCUGUUGGCUUACUAGAGUGUACUUUCCCAAAUACGGGAGCAAGGAUCAUGCUGUUUGUGGGAGGACCCUGUACACAGGGGCCAGGAAUGGUGGUUGGGGAUGAGCUGAAGUUCCCUAUAAGGUCUCACCAUGUUAUUGAGAAGGACAACUGCAAGUACAUGAAGAAGGCAAUGAAGCACUAUGAGGCACUAGCAAACAGAGCAGCCAAUAAUGGCCACGUGGUGGAUGUUUUCUCAUGCGCUUUGGACCAGACUGGGUUGUAUGAGAUCAAGUUCUGUCCCAGAUACACAUGUGGUCAUAUGGUGAUGGGAGACUCCUUCAACACAUCCUUAUUUAAACAAACCUUCCAACGAGUGUUUGCAAAAGAUGGACAAGGAGAGUUCAAAAUGGCAUUUGGUGCAUCAGUGGAAGUCAAGACCUCAAGGGAGCUCAAGGUAUCAGGUGCAAUUGGUCCUUGUGUGUCUCUAGGUGUGAAAGGUCCAGCAGUAUCAGAUACAGAACUGGGUCUGGGUGGCACCUGUCAGUGGAAGUUGUGUGGCCUUUACCCUAGCUCUACUCUAGCCUUCUUCUUUGAAGUGGUUAACCAGCAUAAUGCCCCUAUACCACAGGGUGGACGAGGCUAUAUACAAUUUAUCACACAGUACCAACACUCCAGUGGUCAACGCAGGGUCAGAGUAACCACUCUGGCUAGGAACUGGGCUGAUGCCAGUACAAACAUUCAGCACAUAUCAGCCGGAUUUGACCAGGAGGCAGCAGCAGUACUGAUGGCCAGGAUAGCUGUGUUCCGGGCCGAAACCGACGAUGGACCAGACGUCCUGAGAUGGCUAGACAGAAUGCUUAUCAGACUGUGUCAAAAGUUUGGGGAUUACCAUAAAGACGACCCCAAUUCCUUCCGGUUCUCUGAAAACUUUUCCUUGUAUCCACAAUUUAUGUUCCAUUUACGAAGAUCACAGUUUUUACAAGUAUUCAACAACAGUCCAGAUGAAACAUCGUAUUAUAGACACAUGUUGAAUACAGAAGAUCUGACACAGUCUCUGAUCAUGAUUCAGCCCAUUUUAUAUGCUUACUCCUUCAAUGGAACGCCUGAGCCAGUACUACUUGAUACAAGCAGUAUACAGACAGACAGAAUACUACUGAUGGACACAUUCUUCCACAUAGUCAUCUAUCAUGGGGAGACUAUAGCUCUGUGGAGAGAACAGAAGUACCAGGAUCAACCAGAAUACGAAAACUUUAAGCAGCUACUACAAGCUCCAGUAGAUGAUGCCCAGGAAAUUCUGCAGACUCGGUUCCCAAUGCCAAGAUAUAUUGACACUAAACAUGAGGGCUCUCAGUCUCGUUUCCUGCUGUCUCGUGUGAAUCCGUCACAGACACACAAUAAUGCUUUUGGAUGGGGACAGGAUGGAAGUGGAGCAGCAGUACUGACAGACGACGUCAGCUUACAAGUAUUUAUGGAACAUCUAAAGAAACUGGCUGUAUCAAGCUCCUCCUGAAGUGUGGUGAAAACUAGGACAGAAGACUUUGUUAUAAAUUAGUCAGUGUGUAAAACCCACAGCACAUUUUCCUCUUAUUUGAGGAACAAACUUAUAAGGGCAAAGAAAGAAAAUGAAGUGUCACUACCUGUCAGGACAAACCCAACAGGUACUUCAUUUACCUGUAUAACAUUGUGAUGGUACCAUAUUGACAUUAUCUCCUAUCAUCACCAAUGUUUACAUAAAAUCAUCAUACCUGUGAUUAAGCUAAUCUACCAUAUGUAGGUGAUAGUAGGUACCUUUAUUUCCAUGUCUACACAUUAAUCAUAUUAUCUGAAAAUGUCAGGAAAAGCCUGGUUCAGCAGGGUAUCUGUCUGUGAUCGGACAAGUUGAGCAAUUAUUGUCAAACUAAAAUGGUCACUUAAGUUCAUGAUCAUCCCUGUGAUGUGGACACGUGAUUUUGUUCCUUAGAAAUUCCUUGCCAUUGGAUGCUUAUGUAUUGUACUGUAUUCUCAUUUGAAACCGGUAAAUAUGAAUUCAUGGUCUUCAUUGCAUGUGUCAGAUAUACUGUAUUCAUUAUGAAAUUGCUGUUAUUUUGUGUAGUCUUUAUACAAAUCUUGUCAGAAUUUUUUAUUAAGUCAGGAUAUUUCAGUAUAUAAUAUGUAAUUGUUCCUAGGUAUGUGAUAUAUGAUAAUAAAUGUGAUUUGCCUUAAAUUCAGGUAAUUCUUAUUUUAAAAUGGUACAGUAGUUAUGUAAUUAAUUUAUCUGUCACCUAACUGGUCAUUUUUACUAUCAGAAUUUACUUUAAACAUUUGAAAGCAGUAGAUAUAUAUGUAGUUCACUAAUACUCAUAAUAUCAUAAUACUGUAUACAGGGAUAUUUUUGCCCAAGUUAUUUUUGUCCUUGUACCAUAUACAUGAAUUCACAUAAUGAUCAUUUCGCCUCUUGAGGAUUAUAUAAAAAUUCGCCCUCCUUGUUCAUGUACAAAAACGCAAAAAAAUUCAGGUAUAUAAUAUUCAUAUUCCGGGCUUGCCAUAAUUAGGGCUAUUUCCAUAAAGUGUUUGCAGCUGGUUUAAAGAAAUGUUGGACAAGGGGUGUUGUAAUCUCUGGUUAUGUAGUCCAUUAUCAAACAAGCAGCAUUUAUUCUGAUUUGGAAUUCAGCAUCACCUAAUGAGUUUAAAUGAAGACAUUAUUCUCGAAAGCAAUUUUUUUGCUGUUUUUGCGUCACUUGUUUGACUCCAAAUUAGGAUAAAGGGCAAGCUCUGAAAUAAUUAGAUUUAGGGGUCCAGUCAUACCUGUCAGAAAGAAAAUACUGGACAUACUGUAGGUUUAUAAAAAUUCUGUUUACAAGAUCAGUGUACAGAUGUUUCAGAAACAUUUAAUAUUCUAUGUGCAUGUUAGUUUUUUCUGACAUAAAUAAUAGAAAAGAUUAAAAUAUGUGUUUGAGCUCUGCCUUUAAAUUGCUCACAUUCAGGUGCAUAUGCUGUUGAAGAAUGGAUGAACACCAUCUGUUUCUUUCAACCAGGUGACAUGAAUGCAGUUGUAUUAAUGAAGCUUGUAAGUGGUGGUGUAUGUUGUAUAAAUGUAGUUUAUGGUGAAGAAGGUGAAAGAAUGCUGAGUGUGACAGGACUAGUUUAUGUGCUAAGCCUUAUAUAAAACCACACCAAAAAAAUUCAAUUUAGAGAAAUUUUCCAAGAACCAAUGUCCUACCAAAUUCAUAUGUAUUGUGGUUCAUCUGUUACAUUUUAGGAGGAUUGUUUGAGGUAUACAGGGCCCUCUUUAAUGUAGUAAACAAAAAAAGAGAAUAGGAGUAACUUUUGAAGCCAGGUUUACAACAGCGACAGCUGGUUGUUGACGACAAGGCACAGCUUACAUUGUGUACAUGUUGUUUGGACUUCUAACUAAAACAUCAGUUAUGAAGUUGGGACUUUACAUUUUUUUAUCAAGUUUGAAUGUUUGUCUAUCCACUUGGUAUGUCAGGUAGUAACUGCUUCAGUGGUGAAAUCAAAAUCAUUAACAAUUAACAAUUGUUAAAUCAAAUUAAAGUAAAUUUAAUUGACUUUGGUGCAGAUUUGUUGUUAAAUUUCCAUUCAGACAGUAAGAUUAAUUUUAAUUGCCAUGCAUUAUUAUAUUUUAAUUAAAUAUGAAAUAGGUAUUAUCAUAACUGUAGCUCGGUACAGGUUGUCUGUUUUUAAAUGUUAGAUCUAUUAUUGAUAUACACAAAAAAAAACCCACAUUUGUCUGGUAGGAGUGGAAACUUACUAAAAAAUAAUCUGAUCUUCAAUUGAAAUAUUUUACACAGAAAACAUUGGUGGUGCAAAUUCUAAAUAGACACUGCACUCUACUUCUCAAAAGUAGAUGUAGAGUCAUGGUGUACGUUGAUCAGUAAAUAUUGAGAAAUGUGGUUGUAGUAGAUAGAAACAUACCCAGUAUUAAGUGAUGCAUAUUGUGCUUGUUUUAUUUUUUUGUUGAUUGAUUUUAGCAUUUGUUAUAUUGAAAUACAGUUAUCACAAAUGAAUAGUUACUACUGUCAAAUGUGGAUGUAUUUAUUACUGGAAGAAAUGAGUGAAUGAAAUUUUCUAAGAAAAA